AUGUCAUCGAAUACGUGUUCCAUGAUUGUGUUGAGACUAAUCCUAUUGGUAUUAACAGUGGUAUCGUUCAGAGAAGUACAAGGACACGUCGCGUUGACUUUUCCACGCGCGAGGAAGUAUGACUUGGAUUUUCUGGACAACGCCAGAACACCUGGUCCAUGUGGAAUGCCUCGUGAGCGCAGAGCUACGCUGUACAAUUACCACAGAAUUUCACGUGCACGGACUGUACGAUCCGGCUUCUUCGAAAGGCCGAGGAAUGGGGCUCGAGUUACAGAUUUUGGUCUUGUGCCGAUAUCGAUAUCAUCGACCGAAAGUCCUACAGAGAGGAUUGCAGCGGUCACGGUCGAUAUCUGCUAGGUCGAUGCAGAUGUGAUCGACUAUAUCACGGUACAAGGUGUGAAUUUAAGGAGGAAUGUUUGGACGACUCGGACUGCGGUAUUCAGGGCACGUGCAUUGACAAUGGCGGCACGACCGCGCCCACCAAGCAUUGCUACUGCAACAUUGGUUGGUUCGGGCCAGGUUGCGGAAAGAGAUCUCCAAUCAAAACCAUCGACGUGGAAUUAGAUGCCUACACCAUGAAAAAGUUCUCUGACAAUUUCACCUUUUAUUGGCGGAUAUUAAAAGAGAGCAAAGAACUGGAAGGCAUUAUGGUAGUAAAUGGUACAAGUUGGAUUGGUAUUGGAUGGCGACCGAGUGAUCUAACGCCGGCGUGUCGGUCUUUUCCGGAAAUUCAAGAACGUCCAAAGGAUGAACCACUUCCACAGCCAGAACCAAAAUCAGAACCAGAACCAAAAGCUGAACCCAAAUCGGAGCCUGAGUCUGAGCCUGAACCUGAGCCUGAGUUUGGAACUGAGAAAUCAGGCACCAAGAGAAGAUCGGCCAAAGCUCACGAUGUACGUUCAUUAGCUUCGACUCCUCGAUCUGACGUCGAUGUUACAAUCCAAACUAGUGUUACAUAUCGUGUCAGUACGAAGCAAGAGCCAGAACCCAAAUCCGAACCCGAGCCAAGUUCAGAGCCAGAACCCAGAUCCGAACCUGAGCCAAGUUCAGAGCCAGAACCCAGGUCCGAACCUGAGCCAAAUUCAGAACCAGAACCCAGAUCCGAACCUGAGCCAAGUCCAGAGCCAGAAUCUCAUUCAGAUUCGACUAACGCUGAACCAAAAACAAAAGCAGAAGCCAUUCUGACUUCAGAGACACAAUAUGAACAUAAGCCAAUAUCUCAUCCAAAAUCUACUUCUCAAGUUAAAUCGAGGUCACAAGUGGAACCAAACUCUGAACCAGAACCUAAAUCUGAGCCAGAACCCAAAUCCAAACCCGAGCCAAGUUCAGAGCCAGAACCCAAAUCCGAACCUGAACCAAGUUCAGAACCAGAACCCAAAUCCGAGCCAGAGCCAGAGCCGAAAUCUGAACCAGAACCAAAGUCCGAACCGGAGCCCAAUUCCGAACCAGAGUCAAAGUCUGAACCGGAACCUAAGUCAGAGCCAGAAUCAAAGUCUGAACCAACCUCGGAGCCGGAACCGAUCUCAGGCCUUAAGUCGAGCACAACGAAAGCUAUUCUACCCGGAGCGCACAAGUACGUACCGAAACACGAUUUCAAUCCCAUGGAUUGCACAGACAUCAUAAUAGGAUCAGCACGAGGCAACAGUCACAGGAUUGGUGACUAUUACACCAGGGACAGAUCUACACCAAGAAAAGACGAUUAUUGGGGCGGAAGAGACACUUUGACCGCUGCUAUGGGCUUCGAACGUGACGGGGUAACAACGAUACUCUUCAGAAGAAAAUUGACAGCAAAUGAACCAACUGAUCACGAAAUUAUUGACGGUGAGAUGCAAGUGAUAUGGGCUAAAGGACAAGAACCUGGAAACUAUAUUCAUCAUCCACCGAGUGGCAUUGAAAAAGCCAAGGUCAGUGUGAAGGAAUUUUACAAGGCUGAUGAACUUAAGUAUCACGGACACGGAGCACAGAGAGGAACAGUAAUUCUUAAUUUCUUUGAUGAAAAGAAGAAACAAGAAAUCACCAGUGAUGGGGAUGUAAUGGCGUCAACUGCGAAUUGCAAUGGUGAAUGGCAUUAUCCAAGGCAUUGCUCACCUGCCAAUGGUUCUUGUGAAUACUCUAUUCAGUGGACUUAUAAAGGACGAAAGUCGCAGACAGACGCCGUGUUAGGUUGGGUCGACGAGAAAUCAGGUCGUGCUUUUCUCAUGGACACUUGGAUCAGCGGAUAUAAUGCUCCGUUGCUCGAUCCGUCUCAAGAUAUCUAUAACACAGGUGGCAGUAAAGUGGAUGGUGUAACGACACUCAAAUUCUCGAGGAAACGAAUAACAAAGGACAAUAGAGAUCUUUCAUUCACGGACGAUCACUGCUUGUACAUGAUGUAUCCAGUCAAGGGUGGUAUCUUUAACGCUGUCAACAAGAAGAUACGUAAACACGAUGCCAUACCCGUUGUCUCCGCUGAAAGGAUAUGCAUAAAAUCUUGUGGCCCCGAAGAACUCGAAGAUCUUACAACGCCAGCCCCACCAAGAUUGCAUUAUGAUGUAGAGGUGAAACUCGUAAAUUUAGGUGACGGUUUUACGACGCCUACUCCUGGUAGCCCAGAUUUCGAGAUUAUCUCGAACAGGAUAUCUGAAAGUUUCGGUCCAGUUUUUGACAAACUGUUGGGCUAUUGUCAAAUUCGUCUCAAUGAAUUACAAAAGGACGAUGAACAAAAUGGUGUUAUUGCCCGCAUGGAUCUGAUCUUAGAUAAAAACGAAGUGAAAGGUAGAUCGCUGAAACCCGUAGACACCGGUGUGAUCGCGGAGAAAGCAUUAAAAGAAGCUCUCGUCAAAGGAAAAGUCGGUGCAUUAAACGUAGAUCCACAGUACUUGAUCAUUAGAGCUCCUCGAGUGAAUGAUUUAGGUGAUGAAGAUCUGGAUGAAGAUAUGUCAUUUAAAUCAGAUUUGUUCCUUGAUGCGAAGCUAUAUAUUGUCGUCGGAUGUGUUGUUGCAUUAGUUGCACUUGCUCUACUCCAAGCAAGCUGUACUCUCUACAGAUCGUCAAGGAGACGGGCGACGAAGAGGGUGUACUCGCUGCCUCUGGCUUCUUGUGACGCGCCCAACCCGAUUCAUCGCACGAACGCGACGCGGUAUCAUCGACAAAACGGCGAUCACCAUCACCGUCAUCACCACCAUCAUCUUCGGCAUCACCACCAACACGCUCCAGAGAUGACAGCGAACGGACUCGGCACUGACACCGUAGAGGGCCCAAAUAGAAUAGUAGGGCCACGAGCGACUUACAGUUUACCGCGGGCACCGGGCUCGAGGCAUACAGCGCCUAUUCAGCCCGGUUAUUAUACGCAAGAUCGCAGAGAUCAUUAUCAGCGAUCGAAGAGCAAUAUGCACGGUCCGGCAGGUGGUGGCGUGUCCACGCAGCCGAAUCAACCUGACUUUUACUUCAUGCCCAGCCAACGUAAAUAUAGCGGCGAGGUCGUGCGUGUGUACGUAGAUUACGGAAGUCAGGUGUCGAAAUAA